CUUCCUCUUUACAUCUAACUCUGCUAAUAAUCACCAACAAUAAAUCUAUUGAGCUUGAAAUGCUUCGUUGUUGCAUGAUGAACAAGAAGAAGAAACUUCAACCGCCGGAGCCAAGGAAAACUCAUGUUGAAAAUGGUGUUGUACAUUUGACGAUUGGUUCUCCGGAAGAUCGCUUGCGAGGUAGAAGGGACACCAUCCCAUACACCGUGGGCGAUGGCUUCCGACAAAAGGCGCCUAAGAAAUUGGAUGGAGAUUUCACUAUUAUGAUGAGUGCGGCUUCUACUUCAGCAUUUGAUGGAGUUGGUGACAAUGGUUGUGGUGCUGGUGGCAUUACUGGCGGUGGUAGCGGAUGUGGUGGUGGUGACAAUGGUGGUGGUGGUGGUGACAGUGGUUAUGGUGGUGGUGGAAUUAGUGGCGGUGGUAGCGGUUGUGGCGCCGCUGGUGGUGGUGGUGGUGGUGGAGGUUGUGGGGGAAGUUAA